CAGAGAGUGCUCUGGGCUGGUGUGUGUGUUUGUCUAUGUGAAAGCUCUGGGCUGCUGUGUGCGUGUGUGGCUGCACGAUGGAGCAGGCCGGGAGGGGGAGCAGCACACGCAGUUAGGGGAUGGAUCCCCGCAUCCUCUCCUCAUUGCUGUCACAGCAGGAGAAGCCGCGGGACCGGGAGCCAGAGCCCGCUGCGGGGCAGAGCGAUCGGGAUCGGCGCCUCUUCCUCCUGUUGCAGUGAGAGCCGCGAUGCUGCCCUGGCGCAGGAACAAGUUCGUGCUGGUGGAAGAGGAGCGCCAGGGCAAAGCCAAGAGCCUGGGCCCGGGGCUAAGCUACGCCUCCCUGCUCUCCAGUUUCGUGCGCUCCUGCCCCGACCUGCUGCCCGAGUGCCCGCUGGAGCGGCUGGGCAGCGUCUUCCGCAGCCGGCGGCACAAGGUGGAGCUGAACCAGGAGGACCCCACCUACACGGCCUGGUACCUGGGCAACGCGGUCACGCUGCAGGCCAAGGGCGAGGGCUGCACGGACGAGGCGGUGGGCAAGAUCUGGGCCAAGAGCGGCGGCGGGGCCAGCGGCACCCGGGUCAAGCUGACGCUGGGGGCGCACGGCAUCCGCAUGGCCCCCUGCGAGAAGCGGGGCGGCGGCGGGCGGCGCCCGGCCCACGUCUACCUGCUGCGCCGCAUCACCUACUGCGCGGCCGACGCCCGGCGCCCCAAGCUCUUCGCCUGGGUCUACCGGCACCAGGUGAAGCACAAGGCCGUGGUGCUGCGCUGCCACGCCGCGCUGCUCCCCAAGGCCGGGACGGCGCGGGCCCUGGCGCGCCUGCUCCACCAAACGGCCAGCGCCGCCUUCAGCGACUUCAAGCGCCUGCAGCGGCAGAAGGACGCCCGGCGCCUCCAGCGCCAGCGCCUGGGCGACUCCAUCGUCCCGCUGCUGCCCAUCCGCAAGCUGCUCAACGGGCAGGGCCCCUACCGGCCCCCCGCCGAGCGGGGCCGCGGCGCCCGCCGGCUCAGCUCCAUCCUGGAGGAGGAGGAGGAGGAGAUCCUGGGCGCCUCCCGCAACAACGCGCCCCCCGCCAGCCUCAGCCUGGCCACCGGCUGCGACCGGCCCGCUGCGGCCCCCCAGCGCCGGGAGCGGGCCGAGGUGCUGACCUUAGCCCGGGAGAUGCGGGGCUGGAGCCUCCAGAGCCCGCCGCCCUGGCAGCCCGCCCGAGAGAGGUCCUGCUGCUGAAGCCAGAAGGCUAGAGACCGCCCAGCUGCCUUUUCGGAAGGGCCCGCCUGACUGGGGUGAGGAGGGGCAGGAGGAGUCUGGAAAGGCCCCCUGCCCACGUCUCCCUGGCUGCUGCCUUUGCAGCCUGAGGAGGGGCACACAACAGCCAUCAGGCCCUGCUGGCUGUCAGGACUCACACACAGAUAGACUGACCUACUCAGCCUGCAGUUAACGCUUCUCCACUGCCAUCCGAGUACAGGCGCCAGCUCUGAUGUGGCCCUUGCACCUGUUCUUCUUCUGAGCGGACACUGAAAUGAUCCAGAGGGGUUGGUGCAUAUCUCCAUCUCCUCCACACACCUCCCCACCCCUGCACACUCACAGACACUUGCUAACCGCUCAGAGAAAGACUGACUGGCAUUAGAGCCAGGGAACUGAGACAUACCCGCAAGUUCUGAAAGGGUGAAGGGUUCCCUGAAUGGGCAGCUGCCGCAGAUUGGGAAGGGAGCAACUCUUGUGUGUAUUUUGCACUUCCAGUGGUUUCAAGGAAAGAGAGACACACACACACAAACUAGGGGUGGGGGAUGAUAUUUCCAUUUCAUCAGAGUCUAGCUGAAGUGACUUUUACUACUUGAUCUAAACUAACAUUUAUAUAUUUAAAAAAAAAGCCAUCUAUGUACAGAGAGAUGCCCUUACAUUUCACUUCUAUUACAACAUGCAAUUUUUCUGUACAGUUUUGUACAUGUCACAUAGGACAGGUGCCUGUAUGUGUCUGACACUGGGGCGGGGAUGUGGCCAGGGAUGGGAUGUACAGCACGAUGGGACUGAUUUUCAAAAGUGCUGGGCUCCGAUCACUCUCCAGAAGGGAUUGUGUGGGUGCUCCAGAGCUCUGCAAAUCAGGCCACAGUUACAUGGCUAAAUAUAAGUGUCUACAUUCAUAUUUAGGUACCUAAAUAAGCAUCCUUAAUUCCAGAGAUGCUGAGCACCUGUUGUCUUUGGUGGGAUUUGCAGAAGUUCAGUUCCUCUGAAAAUCAGCCCUCUUUGAGUUAGGUAGCUAAAGGUGGGUUUAGCUGUCUACAAUUUGGCACCCAAGUUUGGAAAAUUUGGCCCUGGGGGUGCCUAGCUGUGUCUUAAGGAGAUGGGCUCUAGAACACCCAGGAGUCAAAUUCUUCAUCAUGCUUUGGUUUCAGUGGGGUUACAUCACGGACAGAUCUGGCCCACAUGUGUCUGACUCUGGGGAUGAGAUGCAGAGCAUCACAGAGAGAGAAAGAGACUUUGUUCUGACACAGAACAUGGGGUGUUUUAACCCCAAAAGAAGAUGGUCAGCUGCACGUCUCCUUUGUAUGUUCACAAUGCAAAGUCCAACGGCGUGUGCGCGUGCGUGCGUACACACACACAUAUAAUGUGGUAAUUGUAAUAAAGAUUCUCUGCAUUUUCUGCAA